ACUAUGUCAACAAACACUGAUGUUUCCCUUUCCACUUAUGAUGAGUCGUCAGGAUCAAAACUUGCCCGAAAAGCUAAAGAGGCACCAUUUGUCCCAAUUGGAAUAGCAGGCUUUGCGGCCAUUGUUGCAUACGGAUUAUACAGACUGAAGAGCAGAGGGAAUACCAAAAUGUCUGUCCACCUGAUUCACAUGCGUGUGGGAGCUCAAGGUUUUGUAGUAGGAGCAAUGACUAUUGGUAUGCUGUACUCCAUGUAUCGAGAAUAUUGGGCAAAACCCAAACCUUAGGAGGAAAGAUGCUGUCUUCAUGCUGAUGAUGUUUAAUAGAGCUAGAUACCUCACAUUGAGGUUAUUUGUUUAUGUUUAAAAAGAAAUCAUUUAGGGGUAUGUGGUUCUAAAAGCAGCACAUGUCAGACACAAUCAUGAUAUUUUAAAGAUUCUAUUUUUUUUUUCAUGGAAGCUUUAGUUUUCCAGGUGAUUCAAGGUAUACUGAUUGGUUUUCUAGCAGUUAAUUAGGGGAGCUGAGUUAGUACAUAAGGAACUGGUCAUUGAAGCUUACUUGAGUGAAAAAUUAUAUUCAUAUUCCUCAAAUCUUAAAAAUUCUUGACUAAAAAAAUAGAGGCCCAAGACUCAAGUAGCUCCUAUUGCUUUAAGAUUGGACAUGUUUUGGGAUGUAAUCUGGGAAGCUGCUCUAACACAAUUCAGGAAGUACUUCCUCCUUAUCUUGUACAAUGGUGGAAAAUUUCAGUGUCUAGGGCUCUCUGCCUUGUACUAGCACCAAAAAAAGACAUGUAAGAAAAACAUGAAACAAAAUAUUGUAGCAAGAGUUUUCCGCCUCUAUCUUUACCAUACACAAUUUGUAUUCAUGAUGAGCCUUGAACAGUUGAAACCAGGCCUACUUAACACAAUAGUAUUUAUUAUUGAAGGUAGUAAAAGAUGAGAAUAACAUGUAAAUGGUAUGGCCUUCUAAUUAUAUUUUAGCUGCUAUUGUAUUGGAAUUGUUUUUUAAAUGCCAUCUGUUUUAUGUGUUUUGAAAUGCUUGUUCAGCAGUAAAGAUAGAGAACCUAACAUGUGCAGUAUUGUGUUUUCUCUUGUUUCCAAAUGAAAAAUAUAUUAUUGUCCUUUAGAGUUGAUGCUUUACCACAUUUUGAGCAGAUUAUGUGAGCAGUCUCCUUACACAAUGUGACAUAUUUAAGUAUGUUUGUUACACUUGCGGAAUUCUGAUGUUUAAGAUGAUUUACAUUCAUGGUAAUAACAUGGUACAGGGUAUUAAAUAAAGUGAACACAUCAUGUCUUCUA